AUGAUCUCAUCAUUUGAACAAGAGGAAAAUAUUGGUGAUUCAAGUAAAAAUGUGGAUGUUGAUUUUAUAGCCAAAGAUGCUGCGUUUUGUCUUUGUUGCUAUCUUUUUAAGCUAGAUGGUGAUAAAGGGGGUGGUGAUCGCUUUGUUGGUCAAGGGUUUUCAAAUUGGAAAAAGAAAGAAAAAUUGAAUAUUCAGGUUGGAGGUUCUAACAGUGCUCAUAACCAAGCUCGAAGAAUGUGUGAAACAUUAUUGAAUCAAGACCAACAUAUUCAAACAUUUUUUUAUCGACAUUCUUCUCAAGCACGAACAGAGUAUCGAACUCGUUUAAAUGCUACAGUUGACUGUAUUCGUUUUCUUCUAAGGCAAGGACUUGCAUUUCGUGGUCAUGAUGAAUCCUAUGAUUCAAGCAACCAAGGGAAUUUUCUCGAGCUUCUACAAUUUCUUGCUAAUCAUAAUAAAGAUUACAAUGUUGUUGCUUUCAAGAAUGCUCCUGAUAAUCUCAAAUUGACAUCACCUAAGAUUCAAAAAGACAUUGUAAGUGCUGCUUCAAAUGAAAUCGUAAGUGCUAUCAUUAGAGAUUUAGGAGAUUCAUUAUUCUGUAUAAUGAUUGAUGAAUCUCGUGAUAUCUCUAGGAAGGAACAAAUGACUAUUGUCUUAUGUUAUGUUAACAAGAAUGGACUUGUUGUGGAGCUUUUUCUAGGCGUUGAACACGUUACUAGUACCACAACUCUCUCACUCAAGACAACACUAUAUAAUUUCUUUUCAAGGCAUGGGUUGAGUUUUUCUAGACUGCAAGGACAAGGUUAUGAUGGAGCUAGUAAUAUGCAAGGAGAAUUUAAUGGUUCGAAGACAUUGGUUUUGAAAGAGAAUAGAUGUGCUUAUUAUAUUCAUUGCUUUGCCCAUCAACUCGAGUUGGCUUUUGUGGCUUUGGCAAAGAACCAUGAUGAUGUUAAUGAUCUUUUUAAUAUCGUGGCGAUUGUGGUUAAUAUUGUCUGUGCUUCGUCAAAGCAUUGCAAUCUUCUUAGAGAUAAGCAAGCUUGUAAAGUUAUUGAAACUCUUUCUAAUGGUGAACUUUCAAGUGGAAAAUGUCUCAAUCAAGAGACUAAUCUGCAACGUGCUAGUGAUAGCGUUGGGGCUUGCAUUAUGGUACGUUAA